AUGCUCCAUUUGGCCACCCAACACUCAUUUGCUCUUGGUUUUCGUUGGAGUCCAUCUAAAUGUGCUAUCAUUUACCCUCCUUCUCGUUCUGCAAACCAUCCAGAUCUAUCUCUAUAUGAUGAGAUCCUUCCUGCAGUGGAGGAAUUUAUAUAUCUUGGUGUUCCCUUUCGCAAUAAAGGUAUUCAUGGGCCUUCUAUUGUCACUCAUUGUCGUUCUGGAGCCCUGGCAACCAUGGCAACACUGAAUGCAGUUGGAGCAUGCUGGUCUGGAUUCUCUCUGCUUCUCAGCUCUCGUCUGUAUAGGACCUUUAUCAGACCAAAAUUUGAAUAUGGAUUGGCUAUUCUCCCUCUGAAAAGAACUGAUACUAUCCAGCUUGAGAAAAUCCAAGAUAAAUGUUUGCGCAUGAUUGUUGGUGGGCACCGAACCUCAUCUACAACUGUGCUCAAACAUAUAUGUCACCUUCCUAGUAUGAGUUUCCGUGCUGAUGUGCUGAUAACAAAGUUUUGUAUUCGUGCUCACUACCUUCCCUCUGGCUGCCUUUUGUCUCUUCUUCACUGUCACCACUCUCAGUCUUCAUCACUUGUCACUCUUCGUCAUAAUACUCUCCUUCAAAGCAUCCCUAUUGAUUUAAAUUUCAAAACUGAUCAGCUCCGAUUGUCUUCAAACCAAGUCUUGUUCCUAGCAUGCCGCCCUCUUUUGGAAGUCGAUCCUAUUCUGUUCUUGCCUGCAACUAGGGUGGAACGUAGCCGCCUUGUCCGCUGGAGAAUGGGUUGGUUGCCUGGCACUCCUAAGGAUUGCCCUUGUGGUACUGACCAUACCUCACGUCGUCAUCUUGCUGUCUGCUCUUUGGUUCCUGUCCAUUUGUUGGCCUGUCUUCCUAUUCCAUCUGAUCAAAACUAUAAUCCAAUUGAUUUUGCUAUAACUGCUCUCCCAAAUUCUAGUCAGGCUCUGUGCCCCUCUUAUUGGGUAGCACUGCUUACUAUUCUCUGGCAUUUUGACAAGCUUUGUAGCCCUGAUAGUGACUAUACUCAUGAAACUCACUUUGGUACUCUUUGGGUUGGACUUAGCUAG